UUGGUUGAAAACAGGCAUGUGACGCUAUUUCAAGACUGCACAUUAGUUCUUAUCUUAACUUGCCUGGAUAGUAGAACCCUUGCAAGUUGCAUGUUAUUUCCGCUGGAAAGACUGAACAUGCUCUUCCUCGUGCCACUCCUGGUCAACCUCAUCGUGGUGAGCGGUCAGACGGAGCCAUGCAACAUCGGCGGAGUUGUGUACCAGCCCGGAGAGAGGUACAUGGCACCAGGAGGGAUUCCAUGUAAAAUGGUAAAAUGUGGAAAUACGGCUGACAUCGAGUACGGUUGUAGGAGCCAGCUGAACUCCACCCAGUGCCUGAAGCCUAACGAUGUGGAGGAGAUGGAUUGUGUGACCUACACGUGCACCUAUCACCCGGAUGUGGCGCACGGUGUGCUGACAAAGGACCCCGUUCAAGAAACCCGUUGCAGCAUCGACGGGAAGUGCUUCAGUGCUGGCGAGGGGCCCAAUCUGUGCACCAAGUGCCUGAAGAAUGACGAUGGCACCACGGGAAUACUGGCAGGUUGUUUGCUCGAGGACGGCACGUGUGCAUCACCGGGGUCAGAGGUCAAGGUCGGAUGUGAGGUCAAGGCCUGUGCAGUUCGAAACAAUGUCGUGACGAUCCACACAGUCUCAACAACAGGAUGUCGACUUCAGGGACAGUGCUAUAAGGAAGGCACAACGAAGUACCGUAUUGGAUGCGUUACAUGCAAGCGGAACUCAAAGACUGGGAUGCACCACUGGGGCGCAGAGUGCCUGGACAUUCGGAACUACCAGUGUUUCAAGGAAGGUGCGAUACACGACUUCUUCUGCAACAGCCUCAUCUGCUCCAACAGGGGCGGAAUAGGAUGGUGGUACCAUGACGCCCCCAGCUGCCAAGUGUCACCCCAAGACUGUGUGGUGUACAACACUACGUCAGUGAGGGAGGGGUUCUGUUACUACUGCGACCACCAGACAGGAGGCCCGCCCAGCGUAGCCUGUAACCAGUGCGGCAAGUGCCUGCGCCCCGGAGAGUCUGUCAACUGCCCCGAUGGCAAGAAGUACACUUGUGAGGACUCAACGAUAGGCGCUUCUGAGAAGAAAGUCAUUUGUAAAGUCAACGGUGAAUCGUUUGCUGAAGACACGAACAAAACUAUCGACUGCAACACCUUUCAGUGCACGAAAUACGGCAUCAAACGGCUAACAGCAGAAUGUGGCCUCGGGGGCAAGUGUUACAAAGCGGGGGAGAUGGUCGACAAGAGUCGAUGUCUCACCUGUGUCGCAGAGGGAAAUGAAACCCGUCUUGAAGAAGGCUGCAAGCACCAGGACAAAUGUUACAACGAAGGGGAGACAAUCCGACUCAACUGUAAGACCAUGCUGUGCGUCCGCCAGGCCAACGGCAUGAGGUUCAUAGAGGACGCAGACCAACCCACACCGUGUCGCUGCCACAAGGAAUGCUACCCAGUCGGUCCUUUCUCGUACGCCAACGACAAGAUAUGCGCCGUUUGCAGGCCAGACGGGAAAAUUGAUUAUUCUUGCAAGAUGUCCAACGGGGAAUGUCUGCAGGUGAACCAGGAGGAGGAGAGUCCUGUGUUGGGAUGCUACAGGAUGAAGUGCACCUUUGAAAACAGCACCAGGACGCUGAAGAUUGACAAGGCUCCGGGCCAACCUCUGCAGUGUCUUCUUCCUGACAGCACAUGCCUGAAGGAAGGCGAGAAGAAGGAGAUCAAUGGCCAACGAUACAGGUGCACUGGAAAAGAUAUGUGCAUUGUGGGGGACAAGGACCUCCCCCUAGGUGACUCCAUGCAGUACUACUGCCACGAGCUGGUAUGCGAGGAAGAAAUGGUCAACGGCCGCAAGACUCUCCAAACGUUCAUCAAAGAAUAUGGUUGCAAGGUUGGAGACAGCUGCAAGAAGUUGAAUGAGACGUUUGACAUCAACUGUGACAAAUACCAAUGUAAGCUGGCGCCAGGAGACAAGUAUGCCAAGCCUGCGAAGAUUCAAGAAUUGUGUUCAUUUAAUGGGAAUUGCAUCGAGAAAGGCAAGAUGUACAUGAGCGACAACUGCGUCAACAGAGAAUGCAAUUCAGAUGCCAAGCUGGUGGUAAAAGACAUAGGAUGCAAAUCUACGUUGACUGGCACCUGUUUGAAAGUUGGGGAGUCUGUGACUGUUGGUGGGAAGAAAGAGCAAUGUGGGACCAACAGCAACAGCAACAGCAACAGCCAAACCGGAUCAAGCAGUAGCACUACUUCAAGAAUGUGUAGAGUGAGCACUGGGCAAGACGUGGCCUACAACGACACCAUCGAUAUAUACUGCAACACCCGCAUCUGCCAGACACGAAAUGGCGUCACAAACCUUUACGUCGUGGGCAAACCGCAAUGUCAAAUCACGGCAAAUAGCAAGAAGGAAUGUUUCGAUGCCGGAACCACCAAAUACUGCGUCAAGUGCAACUUCAACUCCGUCACACAAAGCGUCAGCUUUGAACAAACCUGUAUUGGUGACAACGGAGCCUGUGUGGCGCCUGGGGAGACGGCUCCGUACAGGUGUGGAACAGCUAUUUGCAACAGCGCCACCUACAAGAUGGAUAAAGUGGAGAAGAAACAAUGUGCUUUCUCAAAUGGAGUUUCCACCAAGUGUAUCCCUGCGGACGGGUUUGCUCCGAUCACCAGCGGUGGGAAAACAUAUGAUAAAUGUACAUGCAAGAACCCAGACACUAACUCUGUAAAAUGUUUCUUUUGAGGUGGCAGGUUUUACCGCUAUGAAACCCAGUGUUAACGAGAUUCGGAUAUUUGGAAACGAAACAAAACUGUUCUUGAAUUUAGUAGGAGGAUUCUUAAACAUGUCUUCUGCUACAUUGACAAUUUACGUUGUUUCUUGCUGACAGCGGCAGAAAAAUUAAUAACGUGUCUAAUAAUUGUUGUCUAGGGAAGGUUUAAGUACUGAGUCUAAGUUUUGUGAACAUAUAAAAAUAAACAUGGCCUCAAGACAUAUGA